UGCCUUGACAUUCGGCUCACUCAGACUCAGCUUGUUGGUCAGGAACUGUCCAUCCGAACUCCACCUGAUGUACCGCUUUAAACAAGGCUUAUCAGCCGCAGAUACAGGGCGUUUACCAGCUAACAUCGUACUGCUCCUGCUUCUGCUCUUCUCUGUCCAGACCUGGGUUGUGGCCCUACUGAGGGCGGUUUGUUUCUAGUGCUGUCUGGGCUCUGCCUUUUCUCCAGCAACCAUGUCGGGCUUCAAUCUGCUGCAUCUAAUAAGCAAGAGUCAGCCUGUGCCUCUGAGGUCCUGCAGUCUCCCCUCAGGAGCCUGUAGAAGUAAGAAGACCUGGUCAGUGAGUUUCCCUCAGGAAGAACUGAGGAAACGCCUUACCCCAAAGCAGUUCCAUGUCACUCAGGAGAGAGGAACCGAGAGUGCCUUUACUGGGGAGUUCACAUACCAUAAAGAUGAGGGAACCUAUCACUGUGUUGUCUGUGGGGCCCCUCUCUUCAGCUCAGAUUCUAAAUUUGACUCAGGAUCAGGCUGGCCAUCCUUCUUCGACCUGCUGAAGGAGGAGUCCGUCUCUCUGGCUGAUGAUUUCUCCUACGGCUUACACAGAGUGGAGACAACCUGCAACCAGUGUGGAGCUCAUCUUGGUCACCUGUUUGACGACGGCCCAAAACCUACUGGAAAGCGUUACUGUAUCAACUCUGCUUCCCUGGCGUUUCAGGCCAAAGACCCGGCUGAGGGCGGAGCCUCGGCCUCCAGCGGCGGCGCUGCCACUGGCGGGAAGAUUGACCUAUAGGAGUGCAGCUGGCAGGCAAACACUUAGGGAAAGUCAAACAGCUCAUUAAAAAGAUGCUUCUUUGUUUUUGAUGUGCUGACUGAACUAAACACCAAUAAAGUUAAUGAAUGUAGCUAAACUGACAUAGUUUGAAACUGUAAUCUGAGGUAAUGGUGAUAUAUCAGAGCACUAGAGGGAUAAGUCAUCUGCUGAUUUCUACAACAUGGCUGUGGUUCCCAUAGUAACCAAUCGCAGUCACCAGUCAUAGUCCCUUUAAUGCAGGGGUCUCAAAUUCCAGUCCUCGAGGGCUGCAACUUUUAGAUGUGCCUCUGCUGCACCACACCUGAAUAUAAUAAUUAGGUCAUUAGCAAGGCUGUGGAGAACUGAUCUGCACAAGGAGAAGGUCAUUAAGUCAUUUCAUUGCAGUGUUUUGUACCCGUGGCACAUCUAAAAACUGCAGGACAGCAGCCCUCGAGGACUGGAGUUUGAGACCCCUGCUUUAAUGCUUUAAUGAAGAUCCUUUAGUGCUCUGGUGUGUUUACAAAAAGGAAACAGAAAAAUACUUUUUAAAGAAAGGCUGUAGAUGCUCAUUAUUGGCAUUGCUAUAUGCUCAUGUAAUGUUUUUCAGGACAAGUCAAUACAUCAUGAGUUUGAGAGGCAAGUAUUGAUGGAGGAGUUUUAGGUUAUGUUACAUUUACCAUUAUUCUUAGCAUAAGUCACUUAAAAGUAGCAUUUUUCCUUGUGUACCCGAUUUUCAUCCUUGUAAUAUUUGAAUAGAUUUAAGGCAGGAAAUGUUUUAUUUAAACUCUGUUCCUCUAUCUUAGCUGUCCUAGAUCCUCAUGCUGUACUCUCUUUUCACAAAUAUAUCUAUAUGUGUCUAACAACAAACCUUCCAGACAGAUUCAGCUAGCGUUGUUUGACAUUACUGCAGGAAUCUGUAGUGUGAGAUUUGAAGCAACAGCAAAGAUGAUGAAGCAUCUUUCUUCUGGCGUAUAUCCAUAUGUUCACUGGAUAUGAUGAAUGUAGUCAAACUGACAUAUUGUAGCUAAACUGAUAUGAUGUUCAGCUCCACAUGAUGACAGUCUGUCCUCAGCUGUGUUAACAUAUCCAGUCAGGGUGAAGAGAAAGGAAACGAGGUUCAACUAACAAACACUUUUCUACUCCGUUGUUUAAACACAUAAUUAUAAUUAUGCUUUAAAACAACCCUAAACCUUCUCUCCAUGAGUGUCAUACAAUAGAGUCUUCAGUCAGAGGCCUCUUAAGAUUUGCUGUAAUACAGACUGCUACAGGAGAUAUUUCCUGCCAACAGCUAUCAAUAUCUACAAUAACUCCAAAAAAAAUCUUGAAUUAAUAUAAAUUACAACAACAUUCAAUUUCCCUCUGCGAUCAAUAAAGUAUUUUUGAAUUUUGAUUUGAACUGCAUGAGCUUAGAAUCUGUUAACAGCCAGAUCAUACGUUACAGAACCUAAAGUCAUGGCUUUGUUUGUGCCAUGGCUGCACAUUUUGGAUCUGUAGGUUUAGUUACACUAAAUUUAUCUGAUUUGUAUUCUGAAUGAUAUUGCACUGAGAAGUAAUGAAAUAUCUAUGCAAGUUUUUGAUUUCAGUGUGAAGCAUAUUGGAACACUAAAUGGAUUUUGAUCUGCAUUUUCAGGCCAGAAAUAUUUUGUGUUUUUAAUUUUAAGUGUAGCCACUUUUAUCUUUGCAGUUUCAUCUGAACACCUGAUCAAACUGGUGAAUAAAAUAUAUUCAUAAAAAG